CCUUCGCGCGCGUCUUGACAUGCACCGGUGCGUGCGUGGUACGUGCACGGUGCUUCGGUUUCAACUUCCGCACAUUAAUAUGAACAAGACAAGAAAGCACGGAUAAGCGUUCACAUCGUUGGAAUAAAGAGACUCGGACAAAAUGUCAGAUUCAGACUCUGAUUCUGACUACAGUUACAGUGAAGAAAUGAAACAUGUGGGUCUUAUUCUUAAGGGUGCUCACAAGGACACAGUGAUCACUAUAAAACCAUCAGGGGAAGAUUAUGAUCGAUGGACCAGUAUCCCUGUUGAUGUGAAAAACGAAGGUGCACAGCUGUUGAAACUUUGUGCUUUCUGGCUUCCCAUUCUGCUGCGGCACAAUGACAUCAGCACUACAACUUGCUGGGCUGCAGAAAUAGGUCUAAUUGACUUAAAAAACAGGGAAAAUCUAACUAUGAAGCACAUACACAGGAUAGAAACAUUGGAAGCGAUCCUCAGAGCUUUGGAGAAAGGAAGUUUGAGAAAGGAUCAAACUAAGCAUUUUAUCUUGAUAAGCAACAAGUUGAACUUGCAUUCCAAAGAGGCUCUGAACGAUGCUUUAUGUUGGUUGGAGCGAACAGGAGACAUUUCUAUCCGCAGCCGCAUCGGGGAGCUCGGCCAUCAAAACACCUGCUUCACAGCCCUACGCCUCAUCUUCACAGAGUUUGCUCAUUAUAUUCAGGAAAUGGGUAGAGAUAUGAUGAGGACCAUGAUGACACUGGGAGCUCAAACAAAUGACGGUUACAUAGCGAAAAGUGAAGACAUGAAGAUGAGAGGAAAUGAGAGCUUUCAGAAAAGUCAGUAUGAAGAAGCUGUGAAGUUUUAUUCCAAAGCCAUCGAACAUUACCCUGACAACCACAAAUUGUAUGGAAACAGAGCCCUAUGCUAUAUCAGAAGUAAGAAAUAUCUGAAAGCGGUUGGUGAUGGAAAACGUGCUACUCUGAUAAAGCCAGCCUGGGCAAAGGGUCACUACCGAUACUGUGAGGCUUUGUUCUCCUUGGGACAUUACAAAAUGGCGAUCGAAGCCAACAGUUCAGCCCUGGAUCUGUGUAAAGAUGAUCAAGAGGGAAUCAAAGACCUGGAACAGCAACACCAGAAAUUUAUCACUGAAAUGCCAGAGUCCUACGCUGAACAGAUAAAGACAGAUAAAGAAAAGACUAAAAGGCCAGUGAGCACUAACAGAGCAGAUGCAACAGAGUUACGACUACAGCCUGGAAAAACUGUUAAGAUUAAUUCAGUGGGAGGAGGAGCACCACAGAGAAUCCGCUGCGGGCUUGUAACGAACAUGCCGACCCAACAAGUGAAAAAAGAAAGGACCCCACAGGCAGUGGGCAGCGCUAAAGGCAGCACUUUAGGCAGCAUUAAAGACUUUAAACCAUCAAAGAGUGAGUCUUUUUCAAAGAAUGGAAAAGGAGACUCAAACCCUGCAACAAAGAAGAAAUCAAAGAGCAGAAAUGGUCCGUCUGAAGAUGAGAAAGUGGCUGAUACUAAAUCAGAUGUGUGUAGAGAGUUGAGAUCUACGGUGCAUGACGCCCAUACCGCCCUGACCGACCUCCGCAGCCGGAACGCCGAGCAGGCCUUCAGCCGGGCACUGGCCUUAGUGGAUACCAGUACACCCAAGGAACUUGGACUUUCCCCAUUGGAUGUGCCAUUGUUGCUGUUUGGCCGUGCAUCCGCCUUGACGGAAAUCGGCCAGUCUGAGGAACUUGCAGAAGCUCAAAAACUUCUGGAGAAGAUCAAAUCAUUUGAAGAGAGGAAGUUUCAGUGUCUGGUUUACUAUGCUGUUGGGAAGGUGUAUGUCAAAGAGAACAGGUUUGCAGUUGCUCUGGAACAGUUUUCAGAUUCCCUGCAGAUGGUCAAGAAUCAAAUAACGCCGGGUAAACUCACCUGGCCUUUAACAAAAGACAUUGUUAAAGAAACGCAGCAAGACUAUUUCAAGGAAAUUCUGGAGAGUGUUAUAGAGUUGUGCAAAUUUCCGCCUAUUCCUGAUGCCAUUUGUCGACAUGAGAAAUGCCAUGGUCAUUUGAAAACGGAAAUCUAUUUCACUGACCCAGAUUUUAAGGGCUUCAUUCAAAUACGCUGCUGUCAGAGUUGCGUCAUUGAAUACCACAUCACCUGUUGGAAAAUGCUCAAGACAUCAUCCUUCUUUGAAAAGAAUGAAAAGGAGUUCCUGCAAGAAGCGUGUUUGACUCCAGACUGUGUCGGUCAAAUCUGUAGUAUCAGAAUCUUUUGUCCAACAGGCCUGGUGAAAUGUAAGUUUGAAGUUGCCAUCACUAAACCUCAGACUCCAAAGAAGCCAAGAGUGAAUCAGAAAUGUACAAGUGUGAAGAAGUUAAAAUCAAAGGAAGAGCGCAGACUCAAGAGGAAACAGUAUAAGAAGUCAUUUCAAGAUAACCUGACUAGCAAUGAUGAGAUUCUGAUGCAGAAAGACGAUUCAGCAACCCAGAGUCAACAGAAAGUGUCGUCAGCCUGGUCGCUGUACAGGGAUCGAGUUCUUCUGCAGAUCAGCCAGAACAUGGAGCUGCUGAGAGAGGAAAAGGGCCUCCACAUGUCCACCCUGACCAGCAGUCUGAAGCCCUGGCUGGAGCUGGACUUGUCGAGGGGCAACGAGAUAGCUGGGAGGAUACUGAACUGGCAGCAGGAGAACCUAGAGACUCUUGGUCAGGCUGUUGAACUGCUACUAGAGAGGAAGAACCGGGUUUGGGCUCGUGUCCUCAUCCACCUACUGUCUGGCUGUCUGGAUACAAAUCCCAAACUCAACAACUGGGCCUGCCGGCUCAACGAUGCAGGUCUGAAUGCUGCCAAAUUCUUCAUUGAGCGGAACGCAGAACACUUGGAGCAGCUGGACUUGGCUCUUCUCCUCAACUUUGGCCCGUUGCAGGAGAUGAUUAUAGAGAAACUUGGAACUAGGCCUGAACUUUUUUCAAGCAUUGGUUUGACUGUGACUGAAUACCUAAAACAGGCCCCACCACAUGACAUGAGACUCUUUAUCUGGACUCUAGAGGAGCAUAGGGGUGACUAUGACUCUUGCCACACUAUAUUGGAUGAGUAUUUUGAUAUGAUUGAUGGACAUUGUUCAGUCCUAAAAAAGUCUGAUGAAAAUCAAAAUAAUUCUCCUAUGAAGACUAAGAGUCGAGGCAGGAAAAAGAAACAGAAAGAGCCAAAGGGUGUUAUUGUUUUGUCUGGGAUGAGAGGUGUAACGCCAAGAGAUGAGUGGGACCAAGACUUUUUUGAAGAUGACUCUUUAUCAUUCCUUCAUCCUGUUGAUCCAUUCAGUGUACCAAGUCACCUUCGAGAGCAAGUGACUGAUUUUGAGGAGCAGUACAACAGCAUGAGACACGGAAAUCACUUUUUGGACAACAACCCAGACCCAACAAAAGAGAGUUUGUAUGACUACUUUGCCCAGAUCUUGGAAGAGCAUGGACCCCUGGUUGCUGAGGACCCCCUGCUGGUGGGUGAAGUUGAAAAUUUCCCUCGUGUGGCUCAGCUGAAGAUCCAAGAAGCGGGCGGCUUUGAGUGCUUCCUCCUGGAGUCUCUUCGCUUCAUAAAGAUGGGGAGGAGUAUCGGCCUGGCUAAGCACGCCGUUUCCCUGCAGCAGGCUGAACAUGGAAGCAGCCUGGAUGACCUGGAUGACUUAGAGGACCCUGACACAAACUCUUCACCUCCUGAUUUGCAUGCAUGUUAUAAUCAGGAAUAUUUAUUCCAUAUUUAUUCAUCUGCAGAGACUGACGUCUAUCCCGUCCUCCCAAAUCCUUAUGCAUUUGGCACUCAACCUCUUCCACUUGUCCAGUCAGCUAUUGGAGGAAGUCUGACAGGGAUUGAUCCCUUCUCCCAUUGGAGUAACGGUGAUGACCUUGACAGUCAACAGCAUGCUGCUUACUUUUUGCCUAAUGGCUAUGAGGACCUGGAUUCUCAUGACAGUGAGGUAGAUGUAGGUGUCAGGCAAACUAAUUCAUCUUCAGGUGGAAUCGCUUCAGUGACAUCUGAGGAAAGCGUUUUGAAGAAACAUGAAGCAGUACAGACGUGUCUAGAGACCAUGAGGAGUGUAGCUGUGAAUACAGAGCCUCAUGAGCAUUUUGAGAGCUGCCAUGGUGACAUCCAUAAAAAAGAGAAGAGCAUCAAGGAGUUAGAGAAAAAUAUCAGUAAAAUGGAAAAUGGCUGUGACGAAGUCAAUCUAAAGCGCAAAGAAGAAAUCGCCUUUUUUGAGGAAGAGAUAAAGGAGAUCACUGUCAAAAUUCAAGUGACCAAUAAGGACCUGGUACUGCUCCAGCAGAAGUUGGAAGAGGAGGUGAAGAAGGACCAGAUGGAGAAGAAAGCCAACCAGGAGGUACUGAAGUCCCUGAAGGUGGAGAUAGAAAAGUUGGUGGAGGAACACGGGAGUCUCACCCAAAACAUCAGAGAGAAGAAAAAAAGCUAUGACGGAAAGCUGAGUGAUUUCUCUGAGCUGAGAAAUCAGUCAGCAGCCGAGAAGAUGAGUCUGGAGGACGAGAUCAAGCGAUGUAAAGCCUUGUUCACAACGGCCUCCAGGAGGUCUCACACAGCUAAGUUGUCAGUUGCAAAGAGCAGCCGGGACCAGGGACUGUACAGCCUCUACAGAGAGCUGGAAGACGCCAAGGCUUUGCUGAACCAACUGGACGAAGCAGCACACAAAUAUCCAUCCCAAGACCUGGAAAUUACUAGAAAAAGCUGUAGAGCCAACGUCCAAGAAGUUGAAAAGAAAAUCUCCACUGCUGAGAUGCAUUAUCAGGAGCAGAUGGAUCAAGUGAAGAAUGGCGUUGAGCUGUUUCCAGUCAACAACACUAAACAGCCUGAACCGUCAGUUAAACCGCUGUCGGUGGCAGCCAAAGACUUUUCUCCUCAGUCUUCAGCUGCAGCCUCUCACAGAACUUCCCCACUCAUUCAGCAGUCAGCUCCAGCUGCAGCUGCAGCUGCAGCUGAGGCACCGGCCGCUCCGGCUAAGAUGCAGCACAAACCUCCGACCAAGACACUGCAGCAUCCACACAGCACUGUGUUUGAGAAGGCCAUGGAGCGCCUGGCCAUCAUGUUCCCUGACUAUACAAGGUCGAACUUGAUGAGGUUUGUUCAGGAGCUGCGUUCAUCCAGCGGUGGAAGUCUUAGCAGCAUGACGUUGCAGGAUGUGGUCGGUGGAGUGACCCAGCUGAUCCUGGACCAUCAGGAGAAGCUCAGUUCUGCCAAAGCCAGCGCCAUGGGGCGUAGGAGUCCAGCUAAUCGUGCUACGCCCCCUUUGGUAACCUCGGCCCCUGUCUGGCAGCAACUUGGACCCCAAAGACCCACACAUUCCAAUGCACUGAACAUGGAGGAUCCUUGCAUCAUUUGUCACGAAGACAUGAGUCCAGAUGACAUCUGCGUGCUGGAGUGCAGACACAGCUUCCACAAGGAGUGUAUAAAGUCGUGGCUGAAGGAGCAGAGCACCUGUCCCACCUGCAGAGAUCACGCCUUGCUGCCUGAUGAUUUCCCCGUGCUGCCCGGCAGGAGACGCCAAGCACCAUAAUGUCUUAACCAUGUUCUCCUCCUCAUCCCUCACUACCCAUGUCUCAUUUUAUCUUUUAUCACUCUUUUUUUAUUUUACCACUUAUUUCAUUAAAAUCAAAAAAUGUGCUGAUUUGAGUUUUUGUAUCAUUAGUUUAGGGAGGCACCAUUCCAUUUUACACUAUAAGGAAAUGAAAAUGUCAGAUUAAAGAAAUUUCUGAAGGCCAAAGCUGCACUUCUUUACUGCCAUGAAGUGCACUGAUUUCUUGUUUACACUACUACAUAUAGUCUACACAACAACACUCAUUAUUGAAUAGAAUUUAAUUUGCUUUACUGCUCCUCAAACUUUACAUCAAAGUGCUUUAGCAAUUAUUCUUCUGCAGUUUGGAGAACAGUGUGUAUCAGGGGUUAACAUUUUGAUCAUUUGUGUACAUAAAUUAGUAACUGAUCAGAGAUGUGUCUCAACUGUGUUUCAUUCAUUGCACUAGUAAACAAACCAACAAUUACAGUUUACUUCUGUAAAUGUCCAAAUGUUGCAAGUUAAAGGAAUAGUUUAACAUUUUGGGAAAUACGCUUAUUUGCUCCCUGCCAAGAAAUAGUCAAGCACACAACCUCCUGCAAAACCACGAUAUGUUGUUUUUACACUUAAUGGAAAUAAAGUUUUAAUUACAAAGCUUCAGAGAAGGUGGCAGGUUUUUUUUUUUCUUUUUUCAGACAGAGCCAGGCUAGCUGUUCCCCUUGUUUUACUCUUAUGCUAAGCUACACAUCUCCUGUAGCUUCAUAUUUAACAGAUAAACGGAGAUAUAGAUAUAGAUCUUCUCAUCUAACUCUUGGCAAGAAAACAAAUAAGCAUUUUCCUCAAAUUUUGAAUUAUUCCUUUAAUCUUGAAAAUGUCAUUCCUAGUAAUUCAACAAAACAAUCCUAACUCAAGGUCCACUUACAAACUUUUUUCCCUGGCACUUUCAAUCAUAUCAUACAUUCUUUAUCAGCUGAUUGAGUUUACACAGUUGUCAGUAGCUGUUAGGAUGAAUCUCCAUAACGACUGAACUGAGCAAACUCCAUCUGCUGAUAAAGACUUUGUGAUGUGAUUGAAAGCUCUGGAAAAAGCUAGUAUAGUAAGUGGAUCUUGAGGUGGGACUGUUUUGACAAAUUGAAAUGAGUUGCUAAAAGUACUAUUGGGUGUAAUGAGAAUAUGAACAUAGUAUGGAAGUACAGGGAAAUUACUGUCUUCAUUUUUUUUGGACAUACUUUGAAUAAUAACGUUCAAUGACAUGGUUUAUGGUUCUGGGUUCACUGAUUGACAAACAACCUGAAACCUGGGACAUUGUAAACUCUAAUGUUUGUUACUGUAUAACUUCACAGGUAAAAUGCCAAAAUGUACAUUAAGUGAUGUUUAUGACAAUAAAACAAAAUAAUAAACUAUAUUAAACAGU